CCGUUUUUUAAUCAAUCCGCCAUAUAUAUCUCUCCAACCCCUCACCUCUCCCACUCCUCUCUCUCUGCUCUCCUCUUUGCUUCCUCUCCUCUGUCCGGCGAGCUUUCUGGCGAAUACGGCGGCGCUUCGGCCCCUGAGCUCUGGAUUUCAUCGCAACUGGGCUAGCUGGCGAUCGAGAACCACCAGAAGAUCGGCUUCGUUGGGAUCAAACAGAAGAAAGUGAUGGUGGGUCCUAUCAUACGGCGGGGGAAUGAAGACACUCCUCCGCCAUGGCUGAGACCUCUUCUGAAGGCGAGUUUCUUCAUUUCGUGUGAGGUUCAUGGCGAUUCCAACAAGAGCGAAUGCAAUAUGUACUGCUUGGAUUGCAUGGGGCGAGCUCUCUGUUCCUAUUGCCUGGCCAACCACAAGGACCACCAUGUUGUCCAGAUUCGGAGGUCCUCGUAUCACAAUGUGAUCAGGGUGACUGAGGUGUCGAAGUUUAUCGACAUCUCCUGCGUCCAGACCUACAUUAUAAACAGCGCCAAAAUCGUCUUCCUGAACGAAAGGCCGCAGCCGAGGCCCGGGAAGGGGGUGACCAACACCUGCGAGAUUUGCUGCCGGAGCCUCCUGGAUUCCUUUCGGUUCUGCUCCCUGGGUUGCAAGUCUCUUUUUUCUCUCUCUUCUCAGCUUGGAGGCAUGAAGAGAGACCCAGAGCUGACCUUCACCCUGCGUCCCAAACUGAGCCGGGAAAUGCUCCAUGGAUCAGAGUCAGACGAGUCAUCGACCCCUCGGAAGCUCCGAAAAACUCAGGCCUUCAGUCGAGCCAUCGAAGUCCCAUCGAACCCAUCGGAUGAUGAGGCCGGCAAUGCUACCAGCAGCAUCUCUCCGGGGACCCCUCCCAUCAUCAGCUACCGGACUUCCAGAAGAAAGGGUAUUCCCCACCGGGCUCCAUUCUAAAGAUUAGAUGAAAAAUCCUAGAAAAAAAAUAAAGCUAGACAACUGUGAAAAAAUGGUGCAAUAAUAAUAAGAUCAAUAGAAGCUUCUGAAGUUUGUAGAAAGAAAAAAGUCUGGAUACAGUGAAUAAAUGUGGAAAGACACCCAGCAUAUAGGGCAAAGCCAAUGGAGAAAGAACAGAUACGUAGCAAGUAAAAAGAAGGAAAAAAGUCUAUCAUGUCUCCUUUUUUUUGUUGUAAAUAUAGUUAGAAUGGAGUGCUCUCUCUAUUUCUCUCUCUCUCUCUGUUCCCUAAGCUUUAUUGCAUGGAGUGUGUUAUUUUUUUCCUACGCUAUUAUUUUCUUCCUCUGCCAUAUCUAUUCUUUUAUAGUUAGCAGCCUUAGCCGUGUCCUUUGUACGUGUAGUUGGGUUGUGUAAAAGGGAAACCUUUGGGAUGAUCAUAAUCUUAUCUUUUUAUGGUG